AUGGCCAAGAAGGACAAGUCUACCAAGGUCGCCGCUGCCGCCCCUGCGGUCGACGCAAAGAAGGACAAGAAGGACAAGAAGGCCGCCGCCGCCAAGACCGUCGAAGAGCCCAAGGCCAACGGCGUCGACAAGAAAUCAAAAAAGGACAAGAAGGCAAAGAAGGAGCCCACCCCCGAGCCCGAGUCCGAGUCUGAGUCCAGCGACGACUCGAGCGACAGUGACGACGACGACGACGAGUCCGACUCUUCGUCCGACUCUGACUCUUCCGACUCUGACUCCAGCGACGACGAGGUCGAGGCUGCUCCCCAGACCAACGGCAAGGUUGCCCCUGCCGCUGCGGAGGCCAGCUCGUCUUCCGACUCCUCCGACUCUGACUCUUCGUCCGACUCGGACUCUGACUCUUCCGACUCUUCCGACGACGACGAGGAUGCCACCCCUGCCGCUGCCACCGACUCCAAGAAGCGCAAGGCCGACGAGGAAGCUCCCGUAGCCAAGAAAGCCAAGACCGAGGACGGCGCUACCGCUGCUGCUGCUGCUCCCGCCGAGCUCGCAGAGGGCGAGACCAACCAGGUCUGGGUUGGCCAGCUCUCGUGGAACGUCGACAACGACUGGCUCAAGUCCGAGAUGGAGGUCUUUGGUGAGGUUACCAGCGCCCGUGUCCAGCUCGACCGUACCACCGGUAAGAGCCGUGGCUUCGGCUACGUUGAUUUCGCCACCGCUGCCGCUGCCAAGAAGGCCUUUGAGGAGGGUCAGGGCAAGGAGGUCGACGGUCGUGCUAUCCGCCUCGACCUCUCCACCCCCAAGGGCGAUGUCACCGAGAACCGCGCCAAGAAGUUCAACGACCAGCGUUCCGCUCCCUCCUCCACCCUCUUCAUCGGCAACCUCUCCUUCGACAUCACCGAGGACGAUGUGUGGAACGCCUUCUCCGAGCACGGUGAGGUUUCCGGUGUUCGUCUCCCCAAGGACCCCGACUCGGGCCGCCCCAAGGGUUUCGGUUACGUCGAGUUUGCCGCUCAGGAGUCCGCACAGGCUGCUAUCGACGCCAUGACCGGUCAAGAGCUUGCUGGCCGUCCUCUUCGUCUCGACUUCUCCACGCCAAGAGACCGCCCUGAUGGCGGUGCCGGUGGCCGUGGUGGCCGCGGUGGCGGAUUCGGUGGCGGACGCGGCGGUGGACGCGGUGGCUUCGGUGGUCGCGACGGCGGCCGUGGCGGUCGUGGCGGUGGACGCGGCGGUGGACGUGGUGGCCGUGGUGGUCACGAUGGCUCGUUCCGUGGCAUCCCCCGCGGAGGCGGAUGGGGUGCCCGCGGCGGCAGCGCACGAACUGGCGGCGCCGCUGAGUUCGCCGGCAAGAAGAUGUCGUUCGACGACUAA